AAUUCGCCGCUUAUCAGCUUCCAGCGUUUCCGAGGUAAAAUCAACAUUCAGCGACCUCGCCAACCGCACUACGAGCGGGCCCGUGUGCUGGAGCUGGUGAAGCCCGUCUACCGGGAACCGGAAUUCAACGCCCCGUGCCGUGAAGCCGAUCGCAACAAAUCAAUCAAGCACAUCGAGAACCAGUAUGAGAAAAUCAUCGCUCGGGAGGUCCGGAACUGGCUGGAACACAGCCAAAUGAUCGCUUUCGUUCACCUGAACUCGAUCCGGCAGGAGGAUUUCUUCAAGGUGCAGGUAGCGCUCCACCGGAUGCAAAUGAACAUUAAAAUCUACAGCAAGUCCAUCAUUCGGCAAGCCGUCGACGGAACCAAGUACGAAGCCAUCAAGCCACUGUUCGAUGCAAAAACGGCGCUUAUUCUGUGCCCAGAUGAGACCAAGAUCCGGCAACUGCUAAACGUGCUGAAGAAGACGCCCCAGUUCAUCCUGAUGGCCGGCAUCAUUCAGGGACAGUUCCUGAGCAAAACCGAGUUUGUAAACUUUGCGGCACUGCCGGAUUUGACGACGGCCCGAGCACAGCUUGCGGCUGUGUUGGACAGUGCCGGAGCGAAAAUUGUCAGCGAUUUGGAGUGCCACCAGAACCAGCUGGUCACGAUGCUCGACUCGUACGUGCGACUCAGUGGCUCAGACGAGAAAACGAGCAAUACUGAGCCGGGAAGUGACGAAAGUUAGUCUAGUUUUAAUUGUUAGUUUAAUAAAGAAGCGCCAAUGAGAGCUGUAAAA